GACCACAGACACAUGUUAUUUUGUCAGUAGAGAUCAUACUGUUAAUCAUCUCAUGGGGCACAUCAGCCAUAAAACCAUAAUGGCUGGGAUUAUAGCCAUAUUGCUCAUUUGCACUACUCCUUCUCAUAGACCAACUAGGUUUAAGGGAACAGAAUUUGAUGGGCACAUCAGCAGAUAGUGGACAUCUGUUUUGCUCGGGGAGCAGCGUUGGUCUUUAUGUGACUAGAUUAUCCAUUCAUUAAGGAGAAUAUCAUUGCAGUGAAACCAUUAAACUGGAGAUGUUAAGAGACAACAGCUUGUCCCUAAGGAUGUAAUUCCAUUCCAGAUUGGGGCAGUAAAGCACCUAAAUACCUGCUGCCCUUUGUUUUCCGAUUAAAGUUGUUUGACUUGAGGGGAUCGAGUAAGUGUUGGGUGGGGUUUGGGCAGACUGGAAUGGUCCAGCGUGAGCUGUCCAACAUGCUGCCAUAAAUUGGGGUCAUGUCCCAUGAGCUAAUCAGACGUUCGCCAGAUCCGAGAGAGGUUGGCACUUGGCAGAAGAUAGAGCGGACCUUAGAGAGACAGAACAGGAGGAACACGCUCUCUGAAGCCACUAUGACAAGUUUUCAUUCACCUGCACUACUGCUGCCUGUCCUGCUGCUGUGGGCUGCGUGUAGUGUGUCAGACGUGCAGGCUGAUGUGAGGACAGUCAAGCUAUGCGGCCGAGAGUUCAUCCGUGCCAUCGUCUACACGUGUGGGGGCUCCAGGUGGAGGAGGUUCAGCAGUCCGCAGGAUAUGGAAGGGUUUUUUAAAGGAGAUCUAAGCAGUUCUGAGGAUCUUAGUGAGAGUCUGGGAUCUGACCUGACCAGGCGAGACCUGAAUAACGUUUGUUGUCAGUUUGGCUGCAAGAAAAGUGACCUCACGUUGCUCUGCUGAGAACUGAAUCUGUGUUUUUCUACUUGUCUCACUAUAUGUUUUCUUCCACAUCGAGUCCAGAUGAAUAUGAACACCUCUAUAAGUGUACUCUAAGUGUACAGUCAGUUGUGAUUCAUAUAACAGCUUAAUUUGCCAGUAGAUGAUACUAAUUUAUGUAAAAAAACAUGUCUAAUUUGGGAUUAGAUCAUUCUGCUUCACUUGUACUCUAAGCUGCACCAUGAAAAGUGGUUUAAUAUCAAGUUACCAAC